CCAAAGUCAACAAGUACGACAUGGUUUAAACUGCUGCGGAAUACAUAAAGUAUUGUAACCUUCUCGCUAUAGUUUUCGACUUUAAGGAAUUACAGCAGAGUUAUGUACAAUACAAGUGUACGUUGUCGGGUCUUAUGAGUUUUUUGAAAAAUCAUCUUUUCGCGACGUAAAUAAAAGCAUCCAUAAUCAUUUGCAUAUCAACUGUCAGAUUGUGUGUAAACUGAACUGGACUUAGUCUGGUAUACGGCGACAUCUGAGUGAGGAGGAGUGGUGCAUCUAACACGUGCCUUCAUAUCUGUGAGGCGGAUUCCUCCUGGUAUCCCGUCAUCUGUGGGGUUUAUCCCUCUCCUGGUAUCCCGAGAGAAUAUUGGGCUCAACCGCUUUUGACUAAACUGCCCUGAGGUCUGUCACAUCACGGACCAAUGAGAAGGCUUGUAUCGAGAAAGGCAAAUACCUCCACACUGUGACCGUAUCCUAUAACUGGUACAUAUACUCAGUGGUGAUCGCGUCAAUUCCAUCAAUCUAGAGCAAGCUAACUCACGAGGAAACAUUGCUGAGCUUUUUCAGAGCGAUAUCGAGCCAGAAGCUUUGCAAGCCGCCUAGGAUUCAGUUCAGAUCAUUGAAGGGGGUGUUAAGACGUACCUGGAUAGUUGUAUCUCAAGUCUGAGUUGGGUCAUGAGCAAUGGCCUCUGCGGUAGUAGCAUCUAACCUUCUGGGAAGCAUUGGUCGGGGACAUGGAACUCUACCAUCCCCUCAAGUGACAAUGCCAGUCAGCCCUUCAGGAGCCAGUAGUGGAUCAUUGCUUGAUCUGAGAGCCACGUGUCGGUCCGUGGCAUCACCCAACACUCCAAGAGAGACGUUGACCUUCGCUCGUGCAGCAAGUCCCGAGGAUAAGAAGGGACUGCUUCUCGGUCUGUCAACCAACAACAUGGGGCCGUUGAGUAUCAAGACACACCCACAAGGCAUCACAGAGAGUUGUGUCUUGUCGCCUGUUUCACCGCAUGGAGUUCUUGGUUCGUUGCCAACUCACUCAGACACUUCAAACAUUGAACCAACUGCAAGAAUGCAGAAUUCCCCUCACGUUACCUGGACAUACCCAACAGUGGUCAAUUCUUCACCGACCACACAAGGAUUUUCCGAGCUUCAAAACAACUCCACGUUUACAAUUCACCCGAGGAGUCAGAACGUAUUCUGCAAUGUCAGACAGACCGGGUUUGCGCCUCUCAUGGAGCGCACCGGUCCCACCAAGGUGGUUCGCCGUAUCUUCACCAACAGCAGAGAGCGAUGGAGGCAGCAGAACGUCAGCACUGCUUUCUCGGACCUUCGCAAAGUGCUUCCCACUCACCCAAUCGACAAGAAACUCAGCAAGAAUGAGAUCCUCCGACUCACCAUCAGAUACAUCAACUUCCUCACAGAUCUUCGGGAUGAACAGAUGGCUGAGGAUGCCAAAAUGAAUGGCGAUGGGAUGGAGACGUCUGAAUGCUUACCUACCCUCAGUAAUGUGCACUGUAAGCAGGACAGACUCAACAACAACAAUCCACACAAUACAAUCCAGAACACUAGAUCCUCAGUAUGCCGUCAAACGGCGCGUCCAAGAGGUAGCAGAAGCUCCUCCGAGAGUGGUAUCGGCGAUACAGAAAGCCUGUGCGGUAGCGCUGGGAGUAUUUGUGAUAGCCAUGGUAGUGUAUACUUCAGUGAUGAUAAUGUUGGGUCGGUUGAUUCUUCUGCUUGGUUUUCCUCCCCAGGAAGCAAUCAGAGUACCGGUAUGUAGAAGUAGCAAGUUUGUGAAACUCAAAACUUGCAAUAAAUAAAUCAUUUAUGUUAGGCUUAUCUAUAAAAAGUGAGCAUGAUCAGCAUUGUUGGUAAAGUUUGCUCACAAACUCAAGCACAAAUUCAAACUUAAAUGUAUGAUUUGCGUUUAUAUUGAAAAGAGUUCAAAAAACACACUAUACACCUAUAAGUGAAAAAUGUUGGUCACUAAAUAUUGGUAUUUUGGUUUUGCCCGGGAUAUUGUGCACCUGUUCUUAAUACAUUCGAGGUAACAACUGUGCGCUCAAAAUGUUGGGCAAUUCUCUCCCACAUAGUUCUUCCAUCAGGGAUAUUUCCAUGGCCAAUUGGUGACGUAUGCAAAAUAUAAGAUUUCAGAUUAGAAAGUGUCAACUUUGAUUGAUAAAAAUACCACACAUGUAUCCCCCUAUAGCUUUAACAGCGUUUCAUAUGUUGGAGUGUUACGAGAGCCAAUUAAAUCUGGCAACGGGAACGAGAAGGAAAUGUACAUAGCAGCUUUAGUGCGUCAUCUCACUCUUUUAAAGAGGAGGAAGUCAUUUUAAAUUGCAAGUUUGACAAAGUAUGUUCAACCUGUGACAAGCUAUGUUGAGAUUAACACAAAGUUUCAUUAGUUAUUAUGAGAAAAUGAAAGUAAAAACUGACAUUUACAUUUGAGGCAUAAUGGCUGUUUUUAAGGCCUGGACCCAAUUACAUAGAUCUGUUUAUGCACAAAUUAUUGCUUACAAAGUCAGCAUAGAUGAGCAGGAUACCAGCCACUAUUCGUGAAUAUGGGAUGGCAGUUUGGCUGGUAACCAUAUUCUGGUAAGCAUAAUGUGCAUGUUGGCAUGGUUUGAGCUAGUACUGAACCACAUCAUGCUUAUUGUUCAUACUCUCCACUCUUUUCUUCUCUCUGCCUUCGUCCUUGCGUAUUUUCGUCCAGUCAGCUCAGGUUUAUUAACAUCAAUUUAUCAACAACACUGCUUGUUAUAGUAAUACAAACAAAUGUGCACCAAAUUGUAUGAAUGACAUUUCACAUGUUUUCCUUCAUCAAAGCAGUGACAUUACAAAUUUCACUCUAUUGAUACCGGUGCAUUAAUACGGUAAUUUAAAUUAAAGUGCCUUAUCAUACAAACUGUUUCUUGUGUCAAGCUAAAACUACACUUGAAUUUUCUUUUCUCAGAUACAUUAUUGGAAGGAAUUAUAAUAGUUUGGAUUAAUUGCUAAGAUUACUGUAAAAAAGAAAUUCUUUGCUUAGGGAAUAAUAUUUUACUGAUAAUGCCGAAUCUCUAUUGUUACUGGAAUCGUGGCGUUCUCGUAUAACUAUAUUUUGUAUUAUUGUUAUUCUGAUAAGUUUGCAAGAUGAAUUUACUAAUUCGUAUCUGCAACAUAACGCCGUCCCAUACAUUGGGUUGUUUAAACAAUGUUUAUAAAAAAAAUGCUGAAUAUUUGCCGUCCAAAUUUUGUACAUGUAAACUAUAGGGAGAUUCAAUGAUACUUUUGUAAUGUUUAUGUAAAUUAGAUUUUCGGGCAAUGUGAAGAGACAAGAGAAGCAUGUCACAGCAUGUGUUACAUGUCACAUGUUAAAAUGGUUGUGUUUAGUGGCAAGGAAUACAAAGUGAAAUGUAAACAUUAACACCAGCUGAAAACCAAACAUUUAUCUUGACCUUUUGAACAUCAAAAACACACAUUUUGCCGCAAACUGAGCUCCAAUUCAGCAAACUCCACACUGGAAAAAGGUCGUUCUCUGUAGAUUCAACUUUGAUUUACAAAUCAAUUUCGGUUUGGCUCUGCAUUAACAUUUCACCUUGUAUAGCAAUGUAUGACAUAUGCAAAUGUAAUAUUUGGUGUUCCUGUGGGACAGGUUGUACUAUUGGUUUGAAUGAUAGACCAUCUGUGAUUUGAUUUUUUAGGUGACUGAGGAAUUAAACUCACAAGUGGUAAUUGGUUUAUAUACUUCAGGUAAAAUGAUAAAGUUUGCGAAGUGGUCAAUGCUCCUUGGGCUCCGAUAACCCGAUCAAGGGGUUGGGGGCUAAUACAAAAUCAGUGUUAUGAAGACCGUAGGGGUAAAUAUGGUCGAAGUGGUUGAAGUAUCGGUCUAUAAGUAGGAGAUGUUGGCGGUAAAACCAUUGGAUAUCUCUGGGUAGUGCUUGGUUCUUUACCACCGGUUCUUUUGAGAACCAUUCAUAAGGAGAUAUUCAUAUGGUGUUACCGCAUCAAUCUCUUUUGGGUAGUGUUGGUUUAAACCACUGGGUCUUUUCAGAACAAAUACUCAAAUCAAAAGAGGUACUGAUAUGGUGUUACCCAACACAGUCUCUUUUUGGUAGUGUUGGUUUUGUACCACCGCGGUGGUUCUCAAAACCAAUACUCGACAGAGAUGUUCCUAUGGUUUUACCGCAAACCUCUCUUACGUAAGAACAUUUGUUGUAUAUUUUAUUUAGUGAGUAAAGUUGAGUUUGUUGUCGUGGCAAAUCAUUAUAUGGUGCAUUGGCAUGCACUGUACACAAAAUGACGCCGACAGCCGAUCCAAAAUGUUUGCGGGGGUUUGGGGCACGCGCUUGAUCCUCACCAGAGUGCAUGCAGCGUGUGGUUUAAGUGGUGUUGUGCACGUGCCACAGCCCUUCGCCCGUCAUCGCUUUCUUGGCAGCUCAUAAAUAAUCGCAGGUAAUUUCAACAGGUUGGAGGUCAGCCAGUGCGCAUGUAGAGACCAUGGGGGUUGGGGGUUAUUCGUAAACACUCUGGUUUUGGGGGGCUGAAUGGCUCGGAUAGUUACUCCUGUUAUAUUACUGGAAUUACAUGUGGAGACAGAACAUUUGAAAAGUUGACUGAUUGACUUUUACUUGAAAUGUUUAGUGGUUCGAUAGACAAGGGGCUAAUUCGGGUACGUUUUAGUCAACCAUUACCCGCCUGGUUGUUUCACUACCAAAAAAAGCUAAAUGAUAACCAUAAAGGCUAAAUUCAAAAAGCAGACUGAUAUUUUACUUCAAACGUUGAGUGGUUGGAUAGACGAGGGGUCUGUUUAGUCAACCAUGACUCCAAGAUUAUUCCUAACAAACAUGAAACAAAAAAAUAUACACAAUUUGAAGACACAAAAGGUUAAGUAAUUUGAGACCACUUAUGUAUUGUUAUACCGUCCAAACGUAAUUUAAUAUUCAAGUUUUAAGAAGAAGAUGUGCUCCAUGGUUCAGGUGGGCAAUUAUACGCGAUACACGAGGACAUUCAGUUGUCCAUGUAUAAAUUUACUAUUGCGCAUAAUGUAGAAGUAUUCUAUACUAAUGUUCAAGUGUUAACAAAUGUCAGACUGUUAGAAUUCUUUCUGCGGUCAGUGAGGGUGGACAAUGUGUAAAGUUUAAACUUGUAUAGACGAUGUUGUUUUGUUAGGUCUUUUAUUUUUAAUCAAAGUACAUAUUUAAUAGAGUUGUUAUUUUGAUUAAGUUAUUAUAAUUUUCAGAUUAUUAUAAACAAUAUAAAUGAUACUUGUGUUCUUUAUUCAUGGUUUUUUUCAUAUGGUUUCGCUAUGGGCAUAAACACAUGAAUAUUUACCCAGUCAUAUAGUAGACCUGAGGUCAAUUUCGCCAAGAUAGUCCUAAAAGGACUGGUCCUAGGAGUUUUUAAAAUCUAACGUCUAGCACUAAGGUAGGACGAGUUACUCGAGAUAAGACUAGUCCUAAACUCUCUGUGAAAUCCACCCCUGUAUAGUUGUGUGGUCAUAUUGGUGUUAACGACUGAGCAACCAAAUUAUGAAUGAAAUGUUACCUAUAACCACAAACCUUUCCUUUGCAAAGUCACGGAUGUCAGUUUUGCUAGCCAGUGGUUGAGCAAAUUGUGAUGGCCAUUGGUGUUGCAAUUAUUCAUUAUUGAUCACCUAAUAAGACGCAAUACUAAGAGUGAACGGAAGACACAGUGAAAAGGUGCCGUCCUUUUAAUGCAAAGUGAUGAAAAUGAUAUGGCGUCAUUACAGCCAUACAUGGCCGUCCAAACAUGGGCCCAAUUUCAUAGAGCUGCUCAGAAAAUACUGCUGAACAGUUUUUUGCUCAACAGAAAUGAGCAGGA